GGUGAAAAGCCGUUUUCAUGUGUGAACUGUGGAAAAAGUUUUAGUCUAAAACAGAGUUUAACUGAGCACAUGAUGAUUCACACUGGUGAAAAGCCGUUUACAUGUGUGAACUGUGGGAAAAGUUUUAAUCGAAAACGGAGUUUAACUCAUCACAUGAUGAUUCACACUGGUGACAAGUCAUUUUCAUGUGUGACCUGUGGAAAAAGUUUCAGUGGAAAAUAUAAUUUAACUCAGCACAUGAUGAUUCAUACUGGUGAAAAGCCGUUUUCAUGUGUGACCUGUGGGAAAAGUUUUAUUCGAAAACAGAGUUUAACUCAGCACAUGAUGAUUCACACUGGUGACAAGUCAUUUUCAUGUGUGACCUGUGGAAAAAGUUUCAGUGGAAAAUAUAAUUUAACUAAGCACAUGAUGAUUCACACAGGUAAAAAGCCGUUUUCAUGUGUGACCUGUGGAAAAAGUUUUCUUCAAGAACCGCAUUUAACUAGGCACAUGAUGAUUCACACUGGUGAAAAGCCGUUUUCAUGCGUGACCUGUGGAAAGAGUUUUCUUCAAGAACCGCAUUUAACUAGGCACAUGAUGAUUCACACUGGUGAAAAGUCAUUUUCAUGCGUGAACUGUGGAAAAAGUUUCAGUGGAAAAUAUAAUUUGACUCAGCAUAUGAGGAUUCACACUGGUGAAAAGCAGUUUUCAUGUGUGACCUGUGGAAAA